UGCUGGGGGCGGAGUGGUCACCGGGGAUUUAAAGAGCCACCACUUCCUUGGGCCUCCAGAGGGCAUUGGGAGGGCAAAGCUGCUGAGGGGACACUCAGGACCGACUGAACAUCUGCUCCCCCUGCCUAAGCCAUGCAACUCUGUGGGAGUGGUGCGCUGCUGCCUGGGACAGACCCCGAGGAGUGUCAGAAGCAGCUGAAGAAGAAGCAGAAGAACCGGCUGGCUGCCCAGCGCAGCCGGCAGAAGCACACUGACAAGGCAGAUGCUCUGCACCAGCAGCAUGAGUCCUUGGAGAAGCACAACCAUGCCCUUCGGAAGGAGAUCCAGGUCUUGCAGGCUGAGCUGGCACGGUGGGGCCGGACGCUGCACCUGCAUGAACGCCUGUGCCAAGUGGACUGCGGCUCCUCCCCUGCUCUGCCGCCCUCUGGAUGCCCAGUCCAGGCUGAGCAACUCUCAGGACAACCUGCCUCCCAUGGAUACCGUGGCUGCCAGGAACAGCUGGGCCUGUUCCAGACUCCUGGCUCCUCUCCCCCAGCCCAGCAACUCUCCCCAGGUCCAUGCUUACAGGAGUCUCCUGGCCUCCUCCCUUCCCCACUGCCCUCACUGACCUUUGACCCUCUUAUGGUGAGGGCUCCUCUAGCCCAGCUAUCCCCCAGCCCUGUACUGUCUGCAUCGCCCCUUGGCUCCAGCCUGCUGGGGUCUUCCUCUAAGUUUGAUGCCCUCAUGCCCAGCCCCCCAGACCAGCUGGUCCCUCCACAGCCCCUCAGGCUGGAACAUCCCACCAGCAGGAGUCUGGCAUCCUCCUCCAGCACUCCAACUGCUCCCGGGCCAGAGUGUCCACAGAACAUAGAACGCUUGCCUGCACUGUCUAGCUCCUUAGCAGAUUGGCAGAAGAUGUCUGUGGACCCAAGCCCACACCCUCUCGUGGCCUUCCCGCUGCUCUCUUCCGCAAAAGUCUACUUCUAG